AGUAACAGCGCGGCUUGUAUGUGCCCUGUCGUGUACGGACGCACAUAUUCACAAAAUAAUGAAAGAUGCGUUGGGACGACCAGUGUAAUUGUGAAACGCAAGUACAACGCGAGAUUAUGCAAAUGUGUGCCUCUAUACACCGCUCGUGGCGGGCACGCACACAUACUAGGCUACGCUCUGCUACGUUUCUAUGGAUAUGGUGACGACUCGUUCGUCCCGUCACGGGCUAUUAUAAAAUAUAUAUAUUCACUGUCGCUGUGCCCGUCACCUGAGACAUGAGUCUAGUUGCAAGUUACCAAAUAUAUUUAUUAUAUCCUUUUUGCAUUUGCUCUUGUCAUACAUACUUGACACGUGAGAAAUACAAUGGUAUUCAUUUGUCUAUAUAGCUGUGAAAACAGCUGUCAUGGCUUUGACAAACAGUACCAGUAAUGUUUUUCUCUUUGCGUCUCUACAGUGAACAACUUAAAUAGAAGGAAACUAUUAGAAAUAUAAUUUCAUCAAAAGUGUAAAGAUACAGUAAUAUAGACUCAAAAAUGGCGGCUCGAGGCACUAUGGCGGGCUGCAAAAUUGUUCGUCCGGUUAUGUCCUUCGAUAACUGUGAGGCCCACACAAGGGUCUUAGGCCUUUACCGUGCUUUUUAUCGCAUUAUUCCCUUUAUCCAGGAGUAUUAUUAUAUGCCAAAAUCUGAAAAAGAUAUCAAAACAAUGAUACGAUCCUACUUUUACGCCAACUCGCAUGUUGAAGAUGUUCGGGUGAUCGAUUUGCUUAUAUUAAAGGGUUGGAUAGAAUAUACAGAAGUGGACCAAACUUGGCAACAGAAAGGUCAUGUCAUGGCUCACUGGCAUCCCUCCCAAGAACCAAAACCAAUUUCUUUCAUCGGAAAAUUUUUAGAAGGCAAUGACUAAAUACGACAAUGGUCAAGUCCACCGGCACCAAUAAGCAACCUCUGAAAUUAUUUCCGAUUUAUAUUGUAUUCGAAAAAUGUAAUAACUAUAAGGAAACACGAGCAAAAUGUACGGGUGGUUGUUUUUUUAUUCGAUUGAGUGGUUCCUAUUACCCGUAAUAAAAUCAUUAAGUUCUGUUCAGUUUAUUCAACUGAAUAUUAUACGGCCAGUAAUUCUGUUUCUGUAUUCUGUAAUUUCCCUUUAUAAACUAUUGAGAAUUGAAAUGAUUUUAUUAAUAUAAAGAUUGAGAGAGAUAGAGAAAAAAUCCUUCGAUCUGGGUUCGAACUAGCUCCUUCAGCAUACCGUGUCUGAGCUAGAUUACUUACGAAUGUUUCCAAAGUGCUUGUU